AUGAGGGAAAUGAGGGAAGAGAUGAGGAAGAGCAGUUCCCAUAUGGCACCAGUGCGGGUCACAAGCCCAAAACUCCAAGCCCAGCGUCCCCCAGCUAGAGAGAGAGGGUACACCUCACAAACUGAGCUGUGGUUCUUUCUACGUGACCAUGGGGAAGACAUGGGAAAGUGGGAUGGGAAACCCACUUCUGCCCUGGUAGCACAAAACAAAAGCCUCAAAAACAAGCUCUUGUCAGGAAACAAGCUUUGUGGUAUUCACGCAGAAGAGUCAAAAAAGAUCCAAGCCCAGCUGAAAGAGUUUCAUUAUGGGAAAAAGGAUUUGAUUUUUAAGGCACAACAGCUAACAGAUCUGGAGCAAAAACUAUCAGUUGCAAAAGACAAAUUGGAAAAUGCAGCCCUUGACAAAGAGUCACAGCUGAAAGCUCUGAAGGAGACUGUGCAGCUUUGCUUGUCUUCUGUUCUGCGCAAUCAGCCUCCCACAAUGAAUCUAAUCUCUUCAAAACCACCUGAGAAGCUGAAUUCCUCAAAUACAAAGAGCUCCAAAGUUCCAUUUCAAGAGACAAGUACCAAGGUCUGGCAAAAUGUCUCAGCAGAGAAAGAGAAUUUUCAUGUGGUCUUGAAAAAAGAAGAAAAUCAAAGCACCCAGGAGUGUGAUUCUCAAGAUGUUGCCAAGACAUGUUUGGGGAAUCAUAAUGAUUCAACAUCUCGUUUGAAAGCAGCAGAAACAGAGACAAGCUUUCAGAAGCUGCACAGCCCUCCAUGGACUAAACCUGAAGAUAAAAGAUCACCUGAAAAAAAUGAGAAAAAAUAUGAAAAAUCAGUUAGUAUACAAGAAAACAAACACUAAAUUCUACUAAUCUGCAUUGAAAAAUGCCAGUCAUUUCCAUCCUCAUGUUCUGUUAGCACAAAGGCAUGAAAUGUCCCAGGUUUCUAAAGCAUGCGUUUUUCACUGUUUUAUGAAUGUCUGUAAAUUAGUCUGGAACACACCAAUUGGUACCUUACAGCAAUAAUCAGAAAUGGAUGUUUGAAGAAAUGUUUUGUAAUUCAGUCCAGUUUUUGAACUCUUAUUCUACCUUAUUAUUAGUAAUUGUAUACUUAAUUAUUAUUAGUAGUAAUUGUAAUUAUUAUUAUUAGUAAUUGUAUGCUAUAAAUUACUUUCUUUGUAAACAGUCACUCUCAAGUAUUUUCUCAGUCUGUUUAAUGUAAUUUUGUGGCAGAUUAAGUUUUAAGAUUAAGGGGCAGUCAGUGUGUGUGGGGAAAAUAUCUGUAUAACCAUAUUUGAAGUACAGUCCUUAAGUGCAACUGUAAAAAGAGAGCUGUG